UCAAAAUUUGGGGUUAAAAUCAAGUCCAAUGACAAAAUACUCGAUAACUGGUCCAAAUUCUCUGAUGAAAUAUCAAUCACGGGUUAUCCAUGCUGCCAGAUGCUUUCGUAUCGUGCAGUUAUCUCUUGAUCGGUUGUGGAUCAUCGAUUCAUCGGUUAAUCAAUCAUUCCCACGAACAUUUCUCCAAAGUUCUACCUGAGUUUGUGUGUGCAGCAGCGGGCAUCGCCGCCAUUGGAGCAAGAUGUUUAUUCAAUCUGGGGUAUAAUCUCCUCUGGAGGGAAUACCCAAUCGAUCCCCUAUUGAUCGAAGCAGACAUAAAAUCGCAAUCGAAUGAAAGGAACAUAAUAGACUCCGGCCUAUCAGUUUUUGGAUUGGCAAGCCUGAUAUACUCCCUCUAUCACCACCACAAUUACCAAACCACUGGAGUUAUCAUUAUCUCAUCACUGAGUCUGGCUGAAAUAAUCUGCAUGCAUGCGGAGCUAAAGUCACGGAGUCAAACCCCCCCUGAUGAUCCAUCAACUAAUCAUUUGAGAUACCUCAUUUCUGUAGUCGAUGGAUGCCUCACUUGGCUCUGGAUCUUCUCUUCAGCGAUAUUCGGAUGGGCGAUGGAAAACGGUUAUGCCCGGCUAGCGACUGUUCCAUGUAUCAUUUCGAUGCUAAUUUACCGCCCCAAUGGCUUCUACCACGGAUGGUCGAUCAGAAACUGCCUGAUGGACUACAUGAUGCUAGCUUAUGUCAUUCUAAUGACCGAAGCCAUUUGUCAAUCAUCUUGA